AUGCCCCGCAAUAAAGAUGUGGGACAAGACGGCGUCGCGGAAUGGUCAGAAAGCAACAUAACUCGACGCUACGAUUAUGCUGCUGUAAAUGAGACUAAAACUUCGAAAUGGUAUUACAAGAGAGCAAUGGAAUAUAUUCAAUACGGUAAAGCAGCAAAAAAAGCAUUCGAUCUUAUUGGAAAUCAACAAAACUGGGAAAUAUUGAAUCUUUGA